AUGAUCGGCGACCGCACAUUUGAGUUCGACGAAGGCCCUUUGGACUUGUUCACAGAACUCAAGGCGAUCAUUGCUUCAGGAGAAGUACCCUUCUCGACGCCACUUGCCCCAAUCAACGACGAGCGAGAACUUUCUGAUGACAGUACACCUGAUUUCAGGAUAGAGCUCCCUGGAACGAACAUCAAGGACACAGUUUCGCUGGACAAUCCCACAUAUCCCUGGCCAUCAAAAUCGCAUUUCGUGACCUCCCUCCUUUUUGGCUCUCCGCGUCUCCCAUUUUCUGAUGCCCAGAAGAGGGCAGUCCUCAGUUGGGUGCAAGAGCUCGGCGCUCGAGAUGAUUAUGGAAAUCCGCUGACUCGUUUUUCAAUGCAAGACUAUCCAGAAGAUAGCGGGGAGGGAAUGUUGCAAGUAUUCAACGGCAAGAAGAUGUUGCUUGAUCUGCCCUCACCGCCCGCAGCUCGUGUGGAUGGAAUGAUUUAUUUCACAGGUGAACUAUUACAGGAUGAUUCUGGAGGGUAUUUUAUACUGGAACACUUCUUUCAUGCCUCGCUGCCCGCAGAUUCGAGUGACGACGACUCUGACCCAUCCGAGCAGUCAGAUGACAAGGCAUUAUAUGCACUUGGUCGGGUGGUUGAAUGGAAUGAACAGAGUCCUCACUAUAUUAAGGCUGGAUUUAUCGUUAACGAGCAACAAGAGAUCAUUCCGACAUCUAUGUUUAUGCGAUCAUUUGAAGAGAUUGCCGCAACUCCAGGCGAGCUUGACUGUGGCCUUACACCUUCAUCAGUAAAAUAUGCAUCUCUUGCUCCGAAUCCACUGUGUGCGAAGUCUAACGGCCGGAUGGUCUAUACAGUUCCCCUCCUCAUUUUUAUGGACGAUGUUUCUGGCAAUGUCUCGAAGCAAUGGAACAAACACCAUGCAAUUUAUAUGUCAAAUGCCAAUCUACCGCGCGAGAUGCUCAAGAAGGAUUUUUUUGUGCGAUUUGUCACAUCAUCACCGCAUGCUGCUCCCAUGGAACUUAUGCGAGCCAUGAAAGAAUCUAUAUGUAACGCUGCUGAAUCAGGUAUAAUCGCCUGGGAUUGCAAAUACAACGAAGAGGUUAUGUUGGUUCCAUACGCGCUUUUCCUUGCUGGAGAUAACCCCAUGCAAGCAGAAGAAUGUAGCCAUGCCGGCUUAAACUGCAAUUACUUUUCCAGGACUUGUGAUAUUGGCGGGACAAAAGAGCAUAAGGUGUCUGGUGACGGGUACAGAAGCCUUUUUAUGUCAGGCAAUCUACGAACUCCUGAAAAUACGACGGCAGAGAUCCGAAAACAGUGCAAGAUCAAACUUCGAAAGCAUGCGGCUGGCACCCAGGCAAUGCCUGAAGCCGAAGUUGCAGCUGUCCUCGAGAAAGAGUUCGCAGAACUUUUGCAAGGCGACAAGCUUGACGACACUAUUAACCCAUUGUUAGGGAUGGAAGGCCUCGAUAUGCACAUGGACACUCCGACAGAAAUUCUGCACACAAUACUGCUUGGCGUUGUCAAAUAUUUUUGGGGGCAAACCAUGUUUUUGCUCGACAAGGCAAAGCUCAUGGGCAUCUUUCAGGUCCAUCUUGAGUCUGUUGAUAAGGACGGACUCAAUGCUCCCCGCGACACUUGCCGAGGAUUUGCUCAUCAAGAUAUCAUCAAGCAUAUUGUCACUGGCGGGUACUGGUAUGAUAACAAAGUCUCGAAAUGGGUCCGGGGAGGAGUGCAAAUUCUAGGGUAUCUCGAUGAACACCCAGAGCAAGCACGAUUACUUGGGUUAUCAGUCUUUAAUCGCAACACUCCAGUACCUGGUUCCAGGAAAGCUCAGACUUCUCUUCGCACUCACGGAAAAAUGGCGAGAAACGAUGCAGUGGCCUGGAAAGAAACGUAUUGCUGGAAGAUCCUCAAGACUGCACAGCCUGGCAUUGCCUAUUAUCAAGGCAAAUCACUUGUAGCGAGAGAAGGGGACGUCGCAUAUCUGAAUAGUCAUGUUAUCUUCCGUCGAGCGGCAGAUGAACAGUGUAAAGACACUGUCCAGCAACCCAUGUGCCAAGAACGGCUUGAAACUUCUCGCACGAAACCUAUCGUUCAGCACAAGUCAACCCCACACUACUUCGUCAACGCCUACUCUAUUCAUAAUUACGAUCAUAUCAAUCUUGUAAUCCCCGAGAUGCUCCGUGAAUCACCGCUCAGAGUUACGAAUGUGGCAGAGGUUCGGGAAAUAGCCGUACAACAAAUGAAGCAGAAGAAGGCUUUGAAAAAAUCUGGUGACGCACCCCAACUAGAUGACCAUAUAGAACAUGAUACCCAGAUCCCUCUGGUGGCAGCUCCCACCUUCGAUCAGGCCCCUCCCAAGUCAAAGACAGCCGCAAAAUCAAAGGCAAAGGCAGCCACUUCCAGGGCACGAAGGAAGGCAGCAACAUCGAAGACUGGUCAAGUGAUUGCCGGAUCCUCUAGCCAGCUUCCAUCCGCUCAGCAAGAUCACCAAAAUCAAGCCCACUUUGCACUGCCACCAGUAUUCCCUCCCCCCCAGUACUACCACCCUCCUGACCAUUCACAACUUCCUCCACCACAGUUAUAUGAUCUGCCACCACCAGCUCUGUAUCUUCACCCGGGGAGCUCACAGCGACAUCAUGAGGCUAUAGAAAGGUCAUAUACCGCACCAGUACCAGCACCAGCAACAGCACCUGCACUCUCAUCCGCACCCACACCCGCAGCACCUGUACUCUCAUCCGCAGCAGCAGCAGCAGCAGCAGCAACAGCAACAGCAACAGCAGCAGUAACAGUGCCUGCUUCCGCUACCGCAACAAGCCUUAAUCCCCUUCUCACCCUUAGAGGUGCUGCACUGGGUGGAGGAAAGCAAUGCUUGCUACUCCCCGGCAGCAUUAAGGCUCUCUGGCAUCUGUCACCAACCCGCUCUGUAGCAACAGCAACAGCAGGAUGGAGGGACUUUGAUUUGCAGCCUCAAGAAAGUACCAUUCGUAAACAUAAUAUGUACUUGUAA